AUGUUUCAAAAUGUUCCUCUUCAAGAAUCUCAGGACGUGUCAUGUCACCGAGAAGCAUGUGCUCAGCUCUAUCUGCUGGUGCGAUUGGUUCUUGGAGAAGAGCCUGAAGCGAGCAGCUCCAGUUCGUCUGGAUCAGUCAAGCCCGGUGGAAACACCCAUAAGAUCUGCCUGGUGUGCUCUGAUGAGGCCUCUGGGUGUCAUUAUGGGGUGCUCACCUGUGGCAGCUGCAAGGUUUUCUUCAAAAGAGCCGUAGAGGGAUGGAGAGCACGGCAAAACGCAGAUGGGCAACACAACUAUCUCUGCGCUGGAAGGAAUGAUUGCAUCAUCGACAAGAUAAGAAGGAAAAACUGCCCGGCGUGCCGCUUUCGCAAGUGUCUUCAGGCCGGCAUGAACUUGGAAGCUCGUAAAAACAAGAAAUUGAUGCGAUUACGGGGUCAUUCGUCCUCAAGCGAGCAGGCCCCAGCUCUGCCUGAAGAGCGCAUGUGUUCACUGGUGCCCAAAGCCAUGCCCCAGCUGGUACCCACCAUGCUGUCCCUGCUCAAAGCCAUUGAGCCUGAGAUCAUUUACGCAGGUUACGACAGCACCAUCCCAGACACCUCCACCCGCAUCAUGACCACACUUAACCGUCUGGGAGGCCGUCAGGUCAUCUCCGCAGUCAAGUGGGCCAAAGCCCUUCCUGGCUUCAGAAACCUGCACCUGGAUGACCAGAUGACGCUCCUGCAGUGCUCCUGGCUCUUCCUCAUGUCCUUCGGCUUGGGCUGGAGAUCCUACCAGCAGUGUAACGGAGGCAUGCUGUGUUUCGCUCCAGACCUCGUCAUCAAUGAGGAGAGGAUGAAACUACCCUACAUGAAUGACCAGUGUAGCCAGAUGCUGAAGAUCACCAGUGAGCUGGUCAGGCUGCAGGUGUCCUAUGAUGAGUAUCUCUGCAUGAAAGUGCUCCUCCUCCUCAGCACAGUACCAAAGGACGGCCUGAAAAGCCAAGCUGUGUUUGAUGAAAUCCGCAUGUCGUACAUCAAGGAGCUGGGCAAAGCCAUUGUUAAACGCGAGGAGAACUCCAGCCAGAACUGGCAGAGGUUCUACCAGCUCACCAAGCUAUUGGACUCAAUGCAGGAGAUGGUGGAGGGGCUCCUCAGCUUCUGUUUCUACACGUUUGUGAAUAAAUCUCUGAGUGUGGAGUUUCCCGAGAUGUUGGCGGAGAUCAUCAGCCAUCAGCUACCAAAAUUUAAAGACGGGAGUGUCAAGCCACUUCUGUUCCAUCAGAAAUGACCGCCUUAGAUCAUAACAAUGCCUUAACGCCACUCUUUUCUUACCAGCGCUAGUCCAGCCUGCCCGUGUUCCCCCAAACGUCCUGAAUCAGUUGAGGAAUACAGUCGCUUUAGCUUGAUUCUCAGAGGAAAGAGGUAAAGUGUGCUCUUCAGAAACGCUCAUGGAGCAGGAAAACGGACAAAGUCGUGUACUUGGAGCAGACAGAAUGUGACUUUUAGUGAUAUUUUCUCUUUUUUUUAUUUUGCAUGUACACUGCUGAAAUGUUUACAAAGGUAUAUCAAAAAAGGGAAAUGUGCCUUUUUUGCGCUUUGCGAAUCAAUUUCAAACAUUUCUCAGGCUAACGCAAUGAGUUUCUGUGGAUGAUUCACUUUCAUCACGUCCGCGUCUGCACGUGUCUAAACCUGCCGCGGUGGUUCUCUGGAGGAGGCAGCUCCAAAUUUUAAAGCAGCCCUUGAAACAGAAGACUAUAUAUUUUUAAGUCUCAUCGAAUCUCCAAGCCUGGAGCAACAUGGAAAACCACAACCAUAAUUUGAUUCAAAUCUUAAUCGGUUCCAUGACUGACAGGAAAUACUGAGUUGUUUCUCUGUUUUUUUGAAUAGGUUCCGCUGAAAUGUAAUUUGUAGGGAUGGAUAGGUCACCCCAAAAAAUCUUCUAUUCGUUUUCCUCUUGCACUGUUUAUUUACCCUCAUGCUGUUCCAAACCCGUGGAACACAAAAAUCUUGUCAAAGUGGCUCAUCUGUGACUCAUUCUCUGUGUUCCAAGUCUUAUGGAUUCAUACGAUAGCACGGUGUGAUGAGCAAACUGAAAUCAAAGUCAUUUUUCACUGAAAAUUUCCCCAUUAGUGAGCUGUUGAGAACCAGAUCAGUCUGGUUCAUUUAGACAUUUUAUGAUCAAUUAAUUUAAUGUCAAAAUGUGACUCAAAACACACAUUUAUAAAUCAUUGUUUAGCACUUUGGGGGAAAAAGACCAGGAUUUUAUAUAUAUAUAUAU